AUGAAGGAGAAGGCCUUCCGCCCUAUAACAGUAGAAGAAAGCCCUUACCCAAGCAAGUUUUCUAUUUACGUAGUGAUCAAAGAAGUCAAGUUGCUUAUCACGUUGCCUUCUAGGAGAAAUAGAGUGGUUAGGACAACUCGUUUACUGAGCACAACCCACAACGGUAGCUCGGGACAGUUAAGACAAGACGGUUGCCUCUCCGAGAAAGGGUCAAGAAGGCCCAGGCCUACGAUUGGAAAGCUAAAGCCUUCCCUUAGAAAGCGCCGGAUUGAGAUGAAACUGCUUCUUCUGCCCACAAGGCCGUAUACUAUCGGUUUCGUCGCUGUCCUACCGCCUAUGGUCACUACUAUAAAGAAAAGAAACCGGUUCAACUGUAGCUUAGACCGGACAGGUGGUGGGUCAGCUGACUCAAUCCAAUCAAUUGCUUUCACUCGGGUUGGAGUUGGAAGGUGUGCUCAGUCUCAUCCGUGUCCGGAGCCGGCCGGUAAUGGAUCUACUUACCUUGCUUAUGGACCAGCUGCAGAGCUAACCCUUGUUCUAUUGUUCUUUCUCACAUCUGAACUCAAUGCCGAGCCACCUGUGACUCACUCCACUACAUCUAGUUGUCCCUACUCAAAUGCUUCAUUGCUGCCUUCCACUACAGCAGUGGACACAUCACCUGCUCUUGAUCCAAGUCGUAGUUCUCCUGAGGCACCACCUCCUUCUUCUUCUAUGUUCCGCAUGCAGUCGAUAUCUCCAACUCCACUCCUACUUAUACCAAAGCUGCCAUUCACAUUAUGGAGGAAGCGGCUUGAUGCCAAAAUUCCCGGGAAUAUGCUGUUGCCAGCGUCCUCAUCAUCGACCUUUGGUGGGCUCUCCCCGAUUGAGGAACUUUCAACUGGGGACUCCGAUGAGAGGAUGCUCGCGGAGAAUGCUCCCGCGCCCUUACUACGCUCUUGCACUAUUAGCCCAUAUAAGUGCUUUAAACAAAUAAGGGCGCUCUUCCCCGAGUUUGAGGGGAGGCAGAUAAAUGUCAAAGUACACAAAGGAUGGGGAAGAAUCUGCCGAUAUAUACCUAAAAUGGAAAAAAAGAAAGUGGUAUGGGGCGAAUACAGCCUUAAGCAGAUAUUGGAAAUUGGAGAUGCAAGUGCGAAAGACCAAGCUAUUCCAUACAAGCCAGAAAAGACAGGAGGAGCCGUUGUUAUAGAGAAAGUCAUGAAGUACGACGAAUGGUAUGAUGCCCUCGAAGAUCCCGCCCUGAAGGAUACUCUUAUUAGAUCGUAUUCAAAUCUGAGGGGACUAUUUGAAGAUCUCAAGGUUGCAAAAGAUAGGCAAUCGAACGCGAAAGCCCCUACAGAUAUUCAACUUGACCCAGAAGCCUUUCACCCAGUCGUCAUGCCAGCAUCCAAUCUCC